AUGUGGGCCGGACUGCUCCUGGCGGCGGCCGGCGUCGCGCUCCUGCUGCCCGGGGCCUCGGCCCGCGGCUACACCGGGAGGCAGCCGUCCGGGCACCUGGGGACGGAGAGACGCCAGCUGGGCCCCCACGUCUGCCUCUCGGGGUUCGGGAGUGGCUGCUGCCCAGGCUGGGCGCCCUCCAUGGGCAGUGGGCACUGCAUCCUUCCCCUCUGCUCCUUUGGCUGCGGGCGUGGCAUCUGCAUCGCUCCCAACGUCUGCUCCUGCCAGGAUGGAGAGCAAGGGCCCACCUGCCCAGACGCCCACGGGCCCUGCGGGGAGUAUGGCUGCGACCUGGCCUGUAACCACGGUGGCUGCCAGGAGGUGGCCCGAGUGUGCCCCGUGGGCUUCUCGAUGACGGAGACGGCGGUGGGCAUCAGGUGCACCGACAUCGACGAGUGCUUAAGCGCCUCUUGCGAGGGCCACUGCGUGAACACGGAAGGCGGGUUUGUGUGUGAGUGCGGGCCGGGCAUGCAGCUGUCCGCCGACCGCCACAGCUGCCAAGACACGGACGAGUGCCUGGGGACCCCGUGCCAGCAGAGAUGCAGAAACAGCAUUGGCAGCUACCGGUGCUCCUGCAGACCCGGCUUCCAUCUCCACGGCAACCGGCACUCCUGUGUAGAUGUAAACGAAUGUCGGAGGCCACAGGGGAGGCGGGUCUGCCACCAUGCCUGCCACAACACCGUGGGCAGCUUCCUGUGCACCUGCCGGCCUGGCUUCAGGCUGCGGGCCGACCGGGUGUCCUGUGAAGCGUUCCCGACGGCCGUGCUGGCCCCAUCCGCCAUCCUGCAGCCCCCGCAGCCCCCGCCCAACAUGCUGCUGCUGCUUCCCGAGGCUGGCCGGCCCGCCCUCUCCCUGGGACGCCCCCCUCCUUCUGGGGCUCCCGGGGCCCCAGCGGGAGUCCGGACCACCUGCCUGCCCUCUCACCCCUCAGCACCACCGGCAGCCUCCCCUUCUGCCCUGGCGAGGCUGCUGGCCACCCCGAUGGCCACCCCAGUGCCCAGCGUCCCCCUGUUGGGGACCCUCAGACCUUCUUCACAACCGCACGAGAGGGCGGGGGUUACCCCUUCCCCCCCUAGGGGCCCCACGGCCCCACAGCCCACUCCAGGGCCCUCUGCCUGCUGGCACCUGGGAGCCACGUACGAGUCGGGGAGCCACUGGACAGCGCCCAGGUGUUCCCAGUGCUGGUGUGAGGACGGGGAGGUGACCUGUGAGGAGGCGCCGUGUGAAGCUGCUUGCUCCCACCCGAUCCCUGCCGGGGAUGGCGGCUGCUGUCCGUCCUGUGCAGGCUGUUUUCACAGUGGCAUCGUCAGAGCCGAGGGCGCCGUGUUCUCCCCUCCCACGGAGAACUGCACUGUCUGCGUCUGCCUGGCUGGAAAUGUGUCCUGCAUCUCUCCCGCGUGUCCUCCCGGCCCCUGUCAGACCUCCCCGGAGUCGGACUGCUGCCCCUGUGCUCCAGGGAGGUGCCAUUUCCAGGGCCGGUGGCAUGCAGACGGGGCCGUGUUCAGUGGGGAUGACGACCAGUGCACCACCUGUGUCUGCCAGGACGGGGAAGUGGAAUGUGCCUUCACUCCGUGCCCGGAGCUGGACUGCCCCCGAGAGGAGUGGUGGCUGGGCCCGGGGCAGUGCUGCUUCACCUGUCGGGAGCCCGCGCCCAAGACAGGCUGCUCGCUCGAUGACAACGGGGCCGAGUUUCCGGUGGGACAGAUCUGGUCGCCCGGUGACCCCUGUGAGUUAUGCAUCUGCCAGGCAGAUGGUUCCGUGAGCUGCAAGCGGACAGACUGCGUGGACUCCUGCCCUCACCCCAUCCAGAUCCCGGGACAGUGCUGCCCGGACUGUUCGGCAGGCUGCACCUACAGAGGCAGGAUCUUCCACAACAACCAGACCUUCCCAUCCAUGCUGGACCCGUGUCUGAGCUGCAUCUGCCUGCUGGGCUCCGUGGCCUGCUCGCCCGUGGACUGCCCCAUCGCCUGCACCUACCCUUUCCACCCUGACGGCCAGUGCUGCCCCGUGUGCCGAGACUGCAACUUCGAGGGACGGAAGGUGGGGAACGGCCAGGUGUUCACCCUGGACGAUGAGCCCUGUACCCAGUGCACGUGCCAGCUGGGAGAGGUGAGCUGUGAGAAGGCGCCCUGCCCGACUGCCUGUGCGGAUGCUGCCUCGCCCCCUGGGAACUGCUGCUCCUGCCCAGAUUCCCUGGAGGAUGGGCAGGAGCCGCCCCCUCCUGCAGACACGGCCCUGAGUCCCCGUGGAGCCCCCCAGGACCCUGCCACCUGCAGCUCCUGCCCAGGGCCCCUGGCAGCCCAGCCUCAGCAGCCCACACCCUACUUCCUCCAGCUUGUCCUGAGAACCAACGUGUCCAACCUGCAGACUUUGUCCCGGAGCCCCUCAGGAAACCAGGCCUCCCCACCACCCUUCGACGGACCCUCCCUGGGGCCUCCCACCCCCCCAGGAGCCUCCUCUCUACCUCCCGCCUCUCCCGGGGCUCCCGCUACUCCGGAGCCUUCAGCCACGGCCUCUGGGGCCCACACAACGUCCAGGUGGCCUGCACUGCCCCCUGCCGUCCUGCUGGGGGCUCCAGCCCUCUCCACGGCAGACCCGAGCCCCCCAAAGGCCCCCCCCACCCGCCAUGGCCUCUCUCCCACCACCUCCGGACUCUCUGCGGUGACCGUGACCGCCAGCCCUGGCGCCCUGCAGCCCCCAGCCACGAUUGCGAGUGAAGAGGGGCCCGCUGGGUGA